AAGAGUUCAAGUGAUGUCUUUCUCAUCAGAUGAUGCAGCAGAUAAAUUAAUUGAAGAUACGUUAGACCAACAUGUUGAUAAUUUUAUCGACCAACAAGUUGAUAAUUUCAUCGACCAACAAAUUAACAAGCCGAAGAGACGAGCUUAUAUCGAAAGACAUAGGGAGCAAGGCCACCAAGACCUUUGGAACGACUAUUUCAGUGAAAAUCCUACAUACCCACCAGAAAUGUUUAGGCGGCGUUUUCGAAUGACCAAGCCAUUGUUUCUUUCUAUUGUCGAUCGCCUGAGUAAUGAAGUUCCAUACUUUCGUCAAAGACCAAAUGCUCACGGAAGGUACAGGCUAUCUGCACUUCAAAAGUGUACUGCGGCUAUACGUAUGCUAGCAUAUGGUCAAUCGGGAGAUACGUAUGACGAAUAUCUCCGAUUUGGUGAGAGUACCGCACUUUUAUGUUUGGAGAAGUUCAACGAAGCGAUAAUACAAUUGUUUGGUGAUGAGUAUCUACGAAGACCUACACCAGCUGAUCUUCAACAAUUACUCGAUAUCGGAGAGGUACGCGGAUUUCCGGGAAUGAUAGGCAGCAUCGACUGUAUGCAUUGGGAGUGGAAAAACUGCCCAAGGUCUUGGAGAGGGCAGUACACACGAGGUGACGGAAAGCCGACCAUUGUCUUAGAGGCUGUGGCAUCACAGGAUCUUUGGAUAUGGCACGCAUUUUUCGGUUUACCAGCCACAAUUAUCGUAUGGCGUACUACCUUACAGAUGGAAUUUAUCCAAAAUGGUCAACAUUUAUCCAAUCCAUCCCACUACCUCAAGGUCUUAAAGCUGAGCUUUUUGCUGAAAAACAAGAAUCCGCCAAAAAAGAUGUCGAACGUGCUUUCGGAGUUUUGCAAUCGAAGUUUGCAAUAG